ACAGAAAAAGAAACAGAACGAACCUUGGAAAAAUACGUCUCUCUAUUUUUAUUUAUUAUGUUCUGUGUCUGUGGUCUGUAUUGUGAAAAAAGAAAGAAGUGAAAACGAAAAGGCAAAGGCAAAAAUAGUGAAAAAAUUUUCCCGUCUAAGCAAAAGUUAAAAUUCUUUGUUUUUUAACUAUGUAAACUCACUAAAGCUGGAAAGAAAUUAAUAUUUUUGUUAAGAUAAUAGAAUUGCAUGAUUUUUCAUAAGUUUAAUGGAAAAUACUGCAAACAAACUUGAGAGAAAGACCCAAAGCCAGAUUGAUCUAAAACAACAGAAAUGUGAGAUUGCUAAUUCUGAUAGUUGCAGCAAUUUAAAUAGAAGUCAUCAGAGUUCUGCUUGGAAUUUAAAUAGUUGUGUCAGCAAUUGCUGCACCAGAUCAGCAAACCCAUUUAGAAGCAAAAAAACUCAAAGCACAUCUGAUAUAUCCCGUUCCCAUGAAACCUGGCAUAGACCGCUCACAAAUUGUAUGUUCGAUUCCCACUUUAAGAACACCAAUCGAGUUGACGAAUUCCAAAUUGAACACCUGGUAGCUAGAGGUGCUUUUGCCUGUGUGUUCAAAGUAUUUCCUAAGGACAAGCCUCAAGAGCAUGCACUAGCUCUUAAAACAAUAAAAAAGUCCAAGGUUAUUAAAAACAAUUGUGUAAAACAAAUUAAAGAAGAAUCAGAUAUUCAAAAACUUUGUGGUCAUCAUCCCUUUAUUGUUCAACAUUUUGAUUCUUGGCAAGAUCGUCGUCAUUUGUAUAUACUGUGCGAAUACGUCUCCAACGGUGAGCUUUUAUCAAAAAUAUCAAAUUUUACAAAUGAACUCAUUCGACUUUAUGUAGCGGAGAUAGCAAUUGCAAUUGAUUUUCUUCACAACGCUGGAGUAAUAUAUCGCGAUGCAAAACCAGAAAAUAUUCUUCUAACACACAAUUUUCACAUAAAAAUAACCGAUUUUGGUCUAAGUAAAUGGUUAAAGUUAGGAGCCAAAACAAGGACAAUGUGUGGCACUCAUCAAUACAUGGCACCGGAGAUUCUGCGCAGUGAACCAUACGGACAUUCAGUAGAUUGGUGGGCACUUGGAGUGAUAAUUUUUCAGAUGUACACUAAAAAAUUUCCUAACUUCGAGGAAGUCAUGAAAAUAUCAGUUUCAUCCGAUGACGACAAAAAUAAUUCGGUAUCGAAAAAAAACUUCUUCCCAGAGGAAUUCGAUUCCAUUAACCCGGACGGAAAAGACAUACUUAUAAGGCUUUUGGAUAUAAACCCUAAAACCCGUUUACAUUCUGUUAUAAGCUUGCAAAAAAUUGCACUUUACAAAAAUUUUAAAAUUGAUAAGAAAUAUAUUCAAAAUAUAUCCCCAAUGGACAUAAUAAAAAAGGAAAACAUACUUCUAUAUAAUUCCGCUGAAGAAUCAACCUUUGACUUCCAGUUCUAGUACAACAUUGCUUCCAAGAAGUAAUAAAAAACAAUUAGUAACUAUUGUAUUCCUUAAAAAAAGUCUUAUAAAAUAUUUUGCAUACAAUACAAAAUAAAAUAUUUCUGUCAAUGCACAAUAAAUAUUAGAGGCAACCGUUUA